CACCGGGCCGGGCACCGGGGACAGGCACCUGGCCGGGCACCGAAGCUGCGGCUGCGACCGGCUCUGCCCGGUCCCGGCUCUCUCCACGGCUGCCCUUGGUGCGUCCCCGCCGCCGUCCAGGGGAUUCUGUCGGGGCGCGGGAGGGGUUCGGCCCGCCGGGUGCGGGGUGUCCCGGAGCGCCCGGAGCAGAAUCGAAGGGUGUGGGGUCCGACGGAGCUGCGGCCGACGCAGGACCCUCGCCUUGCCAGGACGCCCGUCGGGUGCUGGGGUGCAGCCAGGGCUGGAUGGGCAGCGGGUCCCGGUACUGCCCUGCCUUCGCCGUCUCCUUGGAACAGGGACCGUGCGGCUGCGGUGGCGGAUCCCGCAGCAGGGCCGUACCUGCCCUGAGGCGCUGCCGAGGUCGGUGGGGAACGGUGCGGAGGGUCCCCGCCGGGCGGGUUCCGCAGGCCUGCCAGGGCAGGCCGGGGCCGUUCCCGGUACGAGCGUCCCGAGAGCACGUGCCGGCGCGGGCAGCAGGCCGGGAUCUCUCCGCUCCGGCUGCUUCCUCUGUCUGGGGAAGAGGAGCGACGGAAACCGGCACUUCCUCCAGCCGGGCUGCGUGCGGGGUCCCUGGAGGUGAGCCUGAGCCAGCCCACGCGCAGCAGCAGUGGCUCGGAGCGGUCCCUGCUCGUUGCAGAGGAGAUGCGCAGCCUAAUCGUGGAGAAGGGCCCAGGGCCAGUGGAGGAUGACCCUGAUGCUCUGGUGAAAGGUUGGCUGCAGCGGGAAGUGCGGAGUGGUGUGAAGACCCCUUGGAUCCGGCCUCGGAAGUACUGGUUCGUGCUGACGCCAGACUCCCUGGACUACUACAGCAGCAACGAGAAGGGGGCGCGGCGCCUGGGCUCCCUGGUGCUCACCAGCCUCUGCUCCGUGCUCUGGCCGGACAAGCAGACCUACAAAGAGACAGGCUGCUGGGGCGUGACGGUGUUCGGCAGGAAGCACUGCUACCGCCUGUACACCGAGCACCUGAAGGAGGCGGUGCGCUGGGCGUGCGCGGUGCAGAAGGUCAUCGACAGCAAAGCGCCCGUCCAGACGCCCACCCAGCUGCUGAUGCGCGAUGUCGAGGAGCACCGCGGCAGCCCUGAGGUCCUGGAGCAGAUUUACCGCUGCAACCCCAUCCUGCGCUACACCAGCAGCCCCCUCUACGCUCCCCUGCUGCCCUUCCCCUACGGCAACCUGAUCCAGAGCGCCCCUGGCCCCCGCAGCUACACUACGCUGCGUGACGAGGCGGUGAAGCUCUUCAACUCGCUGCAGCAGCUGGAGUCAGAGCGGGACCCGGUGCCGCUGAUGCAGGGCGUCCUGCAGACCUGCCUGGACCUGCCCCCGCUGGUGGACGAGAUCUACUGCCAGCUGGUGAAGCAGACCACGGAGCCGCCGGCGCCAGGCGGGCAGGGCGACCUGCACUACUGGCAGCUGCUCACCUGCAUGAGCUGCACCUUCCUGCCCUCCCCACCCGUCCUGCGCUUCCUGCAGUUCCACCUGGACAGGACGGAGAGCAGAUUCCCUGCCUCGGAGAUGGCCAAGUACGCGAGCUUCAUCCGGGAGGCACUGGGGAAGACAAAGGGGCGGGAGUGCGUCCCCUCCCUGGAGGAGAUCCUUGUGCUGAUGCGGCGGCAGGAGAUGAUCUGCACCGUGCACUGCCCGGGCGCGCCCGCCUGCAGCGUAGCCAUCAGCUCCCACACCACGGCUGAGGAGGUGGCCCAGGAGCUGGUGUCACGCCUGGGGCUGUCCCAGAGCCCCAACCUCUUUGCACUCUAUGAGCAGUCGCGGCGGCGGGAGCAGCCUGUGGGCAACACCACGCUGCUGGCCGACGUCCUCACCAGGUUUGAAAACCUGGCCGGAGAGGAGCGGGAGCAGGACUCGCCCUGCCGGCUCUGCUUCAAGCACUACGGCUUCCUGGACACAGACAAUGUCCCGCGUGACAGCCUGGAGUUCUCCCUGCUCUUUGAGCAGGCACACGAGAUGGUGCUGCGUGGCUACGUGCCCACGUCGGAGGAGACGCUGCAGAUGCUGGCGGCUUUGCGCCUGCAGAGCCUCAACAGCGACUUCUCCACCCACGCAGCCUUCCCACGCCUGGAGGAGCUCUUCCCACCCCACGUGCUGCGUGCCCGCCUGCCCGCCCCCCAGCGCCGCGCUACUGCCAAGUGCCGAGGGGCCCGGCUGCGCGUGGGGCUGCUGGCCGGCGGGCUCUGGGGGCAGGUGUUGGCAAAGCAGCGGGCAGAGCAGGACCAGCGCCUGUGGGGCCGCCUGCGGGAGGAGGGGGCCAGCACCAUGGCUGCCAUCGUGGAGAAGUGGAAGCUGCUGCAGGGCAUGGGCCGUCCCGAGGCCAUGGCUGCUUAUGUGGCACUGGUGCGGGAGUGGCCUGGCUUCGGCUCCACGCUCUUCGACGUCGACUUGCGUGUGAGCCCGCUGGAGGCUGGGCCGCAGCGGCUGUGGCUGGGCAUUGGGGCCAAGGCUGUGUCGCUCUACAAGCCGGGGGAGUUGGAGCCCCUGGACAGCUUUGGCUACAGCCGCAUCUCCUCCUUCGGCGCCUCUGACAGCAGCACCUUCCGCCUCUCGGUGGAGGACCGGGACCUGCUCUUUGAGACCUCCCAGGUGGACGAGAUUGCCCAGCUCCUCAACACGUACCUCACCUCCACGGGCACUCAGCAGCCACCCCAGCUCCAAGACUUGGCCACUAGCCCUGCUUCCUCAGACCCUGCCAUGCUGCCCCAGGGGCUCUGCCCCAAGGCCAGGCCCUGGCUGCACCAGCCACCGGUGGGCCCCUUCCCUAGCUAGCCUAGGGGCCAGUGUGGCCAUGCAGGGCGCUUGCUCCUGAUGGACAGCAUGGGGAGCAUGGCUGAGCCUGGCACAUCUGUGCUGGUGCCCAGCUGCUCCCAGAGCAGGAGCAGGGGCUCACUCCCCACACCAACGUUGCCUUUUUGGUUACUUUAAUUUAUUUUGAGGUGCCCGUGUUCCCCACGGCUCCCAGCACUUUCCCUGGAGGGCAGCAGGGCCACCAUGCUGUGGACCCACCGUGUGCUGCCCCCAGGCCCAUCCCUGUUCCUUGUAUCCCAGUGCCUUUGCCUGCAGCGCUUGUGCUGCCCAGCUCUGCCUGUAUCCCGGCUCCUGCUGCCCUGGGGGCUGUGCCUGGGGCAGGGGAUGCUGGACAGUGCUGUUGUGCCAUCGUCUGUCUGUCCGUCCUCUGAGCCCACCCCCUGGAAAGCUGCAGGCAGCUUUGGCCGAGCCCCCUCUGGGACCAGUGGGCUCCUGUGGCUGCAGCCAGGCUCUGCUGCUCUGCAGUGGCCCCACAGCCCGUGGGGGUCGUGGCACAGGGGUGGCAGCAGGGUGGAGGCUGCGGUACGGCUGAGGCUCGGCCCUUCUGUUGUCUCUGUAAAGUUUUGUCGGGGGGGGGGGAGGGGUUGCUGGUUUGUUUUUCUAAAUAAAUGCACAAAGGAAAGGCUGCAGCUCCUGUGCCAGGCGGGGGGUCCUGUCCUGGGACUGGGGCUCCUGUGCCAGGCUGGGCCCGGGGCAGGAGGCAAGGAAAGUCUGGGCACAGCAGGACUGGGACAGGCAGCACAGAGUGUCCUUGGGGGCAGGGACUGCUCUCCCUCUGGCCAGCACGCCACAGCCUUUGGCAUUUCAUCAACAGCACAGGCAGUGCUCAGGCUCCUCUGCCAGCUUCCCGGCACCCCCUGGCACUGGCUGCCUCGGGGAGGGGGGAACUGUCUUGUCCGUGGGUGCCUCAGCAGGGCUGGUGCCAAAGAGGGCGUGGGAGCCCAAUGUGGCUGUGGCCAGCUGGCAUUUUCAGUCUUUUGCUCUGUGCUGCAGCGCUGGAGGAAAAGGCAAAUUUUCACUUUGGACUGCCUGGGCUUGGGCCUAUGCAGCCCCACGCCCCCAUCCCUCCAUAGCUUGACUGGCAGAGCAGGCCAGGAGCUGCAUCCUCCCUACCAUCAAAACGA